AUGACAAGUACAGGACAAAUACCAACACCAUGGAAAAGUACAGCUGCAACUUUAUUCAAUCCAUAUUUGAAUAUCAAUCAAAGAUCCAAUACAACUCGUCAACAAUCCGGUCGAACACGAACAUCGACUGCAACUACUCAACAAGGACGAGUUCCACCAGAAAGUCUUGUUGCUACUAAUAAUCUCAAAGUGACUUCAUCAGAAUCACAAAAACGACCACGAUCGAAACAUUUUCCAAGUUCAAAUGCUGCAGAAGAAGUGUCAAUUUACGUUCAACAAAUGAUUCAUUGUCAAAAUGAUCUUGAAAAUGAAGAGAAUCUAUUGAAUCGUACAAUGAGUACAGUAAAUGAAAGAAAUUCCAAUCGAAAAAGAAUUCCUCUAACGAGAGAACAGACACGAGUGUCAUCUUACGAAUUAGAUGAAUUUUUCAAUUCAACAAAUGAUCAAAUGUCGCAUUUUGCAUCAACACUACUUUCUCACGAAUCAGAUUUUUACAAACAUUGUCCUCAUCGGAAAGAAAGUCCAAAAUAUAAACCAAAUAGAAAACGAUCAGGUUUCACAUUGGCUGAUAUGUGUAAUGUAGCUUCCAAUAUAGGAGAUAAAAUGAUUCAGACACGAUUAACCUAUGAAACACAUGAACAUUAUCCAACUGAUCCAUCACUUCUUCUUGGUCAACCUGUUAAUAACGAUCGAAUUCACCUAUGUGAUGUGUUAGCUGAUGAUAACUAUUCUCGGGAAGCAAUGGUUGAAUUUGUUGAUCAGAAUGUCCUCGAUGAACGGACUUCACGAGCAAGUCGAAAUCAUCCGAAAUCAGCAACAUCAACACAAUCAAAGAUUAUUGAAUUAAAAGAUUGGAGAGGAAAAAUUACACAAGGAAAUCUUCCUGAUAUACGAAGUCAAUCAAGACGACAACGCGCCGAAUCGGUUGAAUCUCCACAACGGCCCUGUACGGCUGCCAGUAAUUUAUCGAAAUCACGACCUGAAUCCAUCGACGAACUUCUUGAUGACGAUGAAAGAGAAGAAGAAAUCAAAAUUGUCAAAUCUGAAAAUGCUCGUAGUGCACCGGUCGGUUCCGCAUUGAAGAAUCGAUCAAAUUCUCAACAACGACAACGCAGUUAUCCGCUCAAUGUCCGAAUUGACGAUACAAACACUAAGCCUAGUGUUAAUCAAAACACCAACAGAGCAGAAUAUCCCGACGAGAAUCACGAUCCAUCGGCUUUCACAUCUUCAAAUGAAAAUCGAUUGGAUCAAGAGAAAUUCAAUGAAAUUAUUCGUCCAUCAUCAGAAUCUAUUCUUUCCAGACGUACAACACCUGCGGGAAUGUUUGCACAAGAGUCUCCACGAGAGAAUCUCGCACCAGAUUCCACACCGAAUAGACGUAGUUAUAAAUUAAUACGAAGUUCAACUAGUUAUGUUUAUCGAACAAUUCCUGAAAUCAGUGAAAAUCCAAUUUCAUUGAAUGAACAGUUUUCGCAAUUAUCACUUCCACAGUUAGAACUUUUGGAACAUUACGAUCCAUUAAUAAGCACGAAAAUUGGCGCACCAUUUAUUCCUGUUCAAAUGCUAGCGAGACCACGUGAUGCUCAACUUUCCGCAAAGCGUUCAGCGGAAGAAAUCGAACGAGAUUAUCCAAAGAAAAAUGGUCAACCUGUGUUCGAAAAUCCUUCCGCACGUGCAACUAAUAGUAUCAUUGAAAUUGCUCAGACACUUCAAGCAAGUAAAUCAAAACGAAUACCUGUAGAACGACAAACAACAUUCGAAAGACCAGAUAAUGAAGAACCAGUUGAAGAAAGUCUACAUAUUAAAUCUAUUGAAAAUCCCAAUCGAUUAGCUAUCGAGCUUUAUACACCACCAAAGCAAAAUUUAGUUGUUCAAACUACCAAUUCAUCGAAAUUAUCAACAAAACAAAAUUCAAGUCUAUCGGAUUAUCUUUCAAUUUUAGACAAACAAUCAACUGCCAUUGAAUCUUCGAAAAUUGACGAAUCAACGAAGUCGAAUCUGAGUGUUAUCAACAUUCGAACACAACAAGAAGUUGAUCAAGUUCGUCCACGAAAGAAACCUUCACAAAAACGACUAACAUUUCCCACAACGAUUGUUACAAAUAUUAAAUCAAAUCCUAAAUCACAAGGAAGACCUAUACCAAGUGUCUUUCUUACACAAGAUCCAGAUGAAUUGAAUUACUCAACAUCUGUUUAUCGUAAAGCAAAAACUGAUGUGAAUAUCAAACGUGUAUUCAAAGGAUAUGUUAAAGAAAAUCUUUAUCGAAAAUUAUCCGCGGAUGAAAGACGAAAACGUGAAGAAGAGCAACAAGCUGCUGUCAAAAUUCAGCGAGCUUAUCGAGAACAUUUACAACGACGAAACGAAAUUGAGAAUCGUCGACCUUCAUCGAGUGAAAAACGGGAACGAGAAAAACUUCGUCGUCAAGUUCUAUCAGCAAAACGGGCACAAUAUGUCGAACAGAAAUUAACCGAACAAAACAGAAUUCGAGAUGCAAAUAAACAAUUAAAACAAUUGGUUAGAGAUACUGGACCGUCGGUUGAAGUAUUUGGACAAUUUAAUCAAGUCGAAGAACAAUUUUCUAAGGCAACACUCAAUCGAGCUGCUACGUGCAUUCAACGAUGGUGGAAAGGUUUUUUUGUUCGACAUCGAGCGAAAUCUCUGAAAGAAGAGGUUGCGACAUUUGGAUCAACAUGGUCACAAUUUAUUUCGCAUUAUCGCGAUGUCAUUCGACGAAUACAGGAGUUACGUGAAUCAAAAAACCGACAGUUUCAUUUUACUCGUGACCAAGCGAAAGAUUUUCUAACAACGGAAAAAAAAUUGACAACUAUUUAUAAUUCAAUGGCUUUCAAUGAUAAAUUCGAUAAAGAAGAAAUUGAACAUUUCUUUGAAUGUUGUGAUUUAUCAGCCACAUCAGGUGAAAUUCAACAGGCCUUAGCAGCCGUUCUUAAAUAUCAUCCUCGUAGAACUGAUGGAUUAACGAAAGAAAUGGUUUUCGACACUGUUUACUACAUUUAUCCACCAUUAGGCACUGGUUUAGAAUCAACAAGACAAUCAACAUGGGUUCGACCAAUUAUUGAUGGAGAAGAUGAAACGGCCAUUCAAGGAACAUCUUUCCUGGAACCAAUCGAUAUGAACGUUGUUUAUAAAUUCUUGGGUAAACCACAUUGA